UACUUGUUGUGUAGGAUCGUUGUGCUAAUUGAAUAAAAUUGAUUUUUUCUCUAAACCUUUUUGCUUAAAAUGUGGCAAAAUAUUUGCAUUGAUAGAGUGAAAAUAUGUUUAACAUCCUCAGUGCAUAGUGUAUAAGUAACGUGUAAAAGAAAGGUUUACCAAAAAUGAAUAGUUUACUAAGUGAACAGAUGGAAGAAAAAUUCGAUAAGGAUUUCAGUCUACGUGAAAAAUCCACCACUGCAGACAACAAAGACAACUGUGUUUGUGCAGUUUCAGUUGUGGAGGUGGCAAAUAAGCGCACAGACGUGGGGGAUGUUUACGGGGACGAAGGUCAACAACUUGACGAGGAGGAAACGAUUUUUCGCCAGCGUCAUUGCAACAGUCAAUGUAGCGUAAGCAAUGCAACUGAAACAUCGAUGGAGGCGCGAACACCCACCACCUCCCGAAAUUCAACACCCUCACCGACAGCUGCACAAUCAACCCCUUACACACAUAAGCCAAUAGCAUAUGAGUGUAUAGUAAAUCAACUAGAAGUGGAGGAAGAGGAAGAUGAAACAGAAGCAGAAGCAGACGUUAAAAACCGCACAGUAAAAUUAAUGCGAACUAAUCUACAAAAUACAGAGCACCAUCUGUUUGAGCAAUGUAAAGAAACUAUUUCAAUUUUUGGCGAUGAUACAUUGCUGGCUACGGAGCAUUUUGAUCAGACAUCACCCCAUCCGCUUAGCGAACGUUGGUCACCUUUAGGCGCGAAUUAUGACGAUGCAAUAAGCCCUACAUCGGAACUAUUAAGUCCCGAAUCUGAAUUAGAACUUUUAAGUUCUGAUAGUCAGGAUAAGCAGGAUUUGUUGCGCAAUGAUCACGAUAGUGAAUUGGGACGUUUAAGGAGCAUGGAGGAAGAACAAGAAUUAUUAACAUCUUCUUUGAUGGCAUUGACUUCGCAUUUUGCUCAUGUUCAAUUGAGGGUGCGACAAAUAGUGGAGGCACCAUCACACGAGCGUGAUCAAUUACUGAAGGAUUUGGAGGAGUUUGCUUUUCGCGGCAUACCGGAACCUAUAGUACUCGGCUCAGCAGGCAAUACGAAUGACGACUCAUCCCUUUCACAGCCCGAUGAUGAAGCAGUACGUCAACGACAAUUCGAAUUAAUCGAACAUCUCAAAACACAACUUAGUGAAUUGGAAAAACUUGCAUAUGAAUCAGGUGCACCCGUCUUGCCACAACACAUAUUGCUGGAGAAGCAGAAAAUUAUCAUUGAUGAGCUUAAGAACAAAUUGAAUUUGCAAGUUGAUGAGCGCGAUUUACCCGAACUUAGUUCCGAAGAGUUGAAAAACCAUGUUGAUACUGCUAUCGGUGAAUUUGUAGGUCCGCUCCGGAUGAAAGAACAAUUGGUGGCACAGUUGAAAACACAAAUAACUGAUCUUGAACGUUUCAUAGCGUUUUUGCAAUGCGACACCGAAGAUUCGAAAAUGAAGACGCUCAACGGUAGUGAGAAACUAAAUGAAGCCUACAAUAGCUAUGCUGCCAAGAAGAAAGGUGAAAAGAUUCGUAAAAAGCAUGCGUCGUUACAGCAGGAUGCAACAGAAGACACUCUAAAUUCAUUGAAUCCAAAUACAAGUCGAAAUGCAGCACAACUAAGUAAUGACGAGUCUUUGAAUAGCAAAGCGCAUAGUUUGUUGGAUAAAGCUUCACUGCUGAUGCAAAUGUUCGCCACUACACAUUUUGGAGCGAAAGCUGAUCGAUUCCAAAAGAAUACGCUGAAGAAGACUUCAAAAGGCAAUCACUGGGGCGAUUUACGAGCCCAGCUAGAAGUUGAUAUACAGGAGGUCGCAUCAUUAGCAGCAACACUUAGUUUCGAUCGUGAAAAGUUGGCCAAUAUGAAGCGAGCAUUGAAAAACUCGAAUCGUAAUGCCAAUGCAACUCUGGCCCUAAGCGCACAUAAUGGCACUGUAACAAUACCACCGCGCGCGCGUACCAAACCUACAGCGUCAAAUCGUAAGGAACUUAAGGCAUAUACCGUCUCCUCCGAUUCCGAUGAAGACACCUAUGACUGUUACGCUUGGGAACGAAACCAUAGUCGCAAAACACAUGGCACGCGCUACAAUGGUGGCGACUCAAUAGCAACGAUAAGCAAAGAAUUAACGACAGCGGUGCGCAAGAAUUUCGCUAUGACAUUAUUACGUCUAAUACAACAUGGACUGCGUGUGGAAACCGAAUCGGCUACUUCUAGUCUAAUUGUACCAUUUAUGCGCUGCCUCAAUCCGUCCCCGGUUUUUGCUGCCGAGCAGGGCUAUCGCACAAGGGAUGCAACCAGAACUUCGUCCUUUGUUUCUUCGGCGGCUUUCUCCUCCACCUACAAUGCCAAUUAUACGGGCAACGAUUGCGAUGACGAAGGCCCAAGUGGGUUCUUUGGUGUGGGCGGUAGUCGCCCAAUGCACGCUUGGGAACUCAUUUUGGAGUAUUACUACUUGAAGAAUGGCGAUGACUUCAAUAAUACGCCAGCGCGCAAACUUUCACAAAGUUUCAAUCUGGAUAUAGUUGAUGCACAAACGAUUACAGCGAAGCAGAGUUUCCUUAGCGCCGUGGGUAUGAUAAUAGCCAUGCAUCGGCCCUACAAACGUAGCUACAAUGCACAUUUUAAGGCUUUCGUCUGUGCGGCUUUAAACUGCCAUCAGCUAGUUGAAUGGCUGAAUUUGAUAUUCAGCUGCAGCGAUUUGGUCGACACAUAUUACACCGCCAACAGCUAUGUUGCGCGCACUGGUUUUCGUGAUUCGCUGCGCUCAAUCGAUUCACUCACCAAAUACGAUUUCGAUUUGCCUGUAGAUUUGGCAAUAAGACAUUUUAGAAAUCUUUAAUUAUGAGCUAACGUACGAAAUUAAAUAUGUAAGCACACACACAAAAUCCACAAGUCAACUACUUUCAUAUCCUAACAUAAAGUAAUAUAAAAUCCAAUGUACUUAUAUUCUUAUGCAAACUAAUCGAAUUUCUUCCAAAUUAGUACGCGCAUUUAUAAUGUGUUUUGCUCAAAUAUUCGCGCAGUACGAAUAUUUGUGUAUGUCAGUGUGUAAUUUAUGGUUUGAUGUGCUGUAUAGAAUUCAAAAGGAAACAAACCGACUCUAGUCCAUUUUUAUUCUAGUCUAAUACAAAUCUUUAUAUUGUAAAACGUAUGAAUGUAACUAUUUAAUAACCAGAUAUUGCCUAAGUAGCACUACAUACAUACAUACAUACAUACCAGUAUAUGUACUAAGAAACUAAGCUAUACAUGCUUUUACUUUUAGAUAUGUAUGUAUGUACAUGUUAUGCAUACAAACUCACAGGACUAUAGCCA